AUGGUCAUAUCACUCACUCCGCAUAGGAAUAACACAAAUAGCAAUAUACCCAGUAUAUCUAAUAUUUUCGGUACAACUACGAAUAACUUUAUUAAUGUUGCCGAUUCCACUAACAAUAAUUCUACUACCCAUACUUUGCCCGCUCACACUCAGCACAGAAAUAAACAAAAUUUAGCUUAUACACGAACUAAAAAAGGAAGUUUAUUAAUAUUAAAUUUAUCAAACCAUUCUAUACCUCCGCUAUUGUUACCGCCUGUAAUAAACUGUUGUGGUGCUACCACUAUUAAUACUAAUGCUACCACUACCAAUGAUGAUAAUAACUGUGAUGAUGGUAGUGGUAGUAUCUACAGUAAUAAUAAUAAUAAUAAUACUAUACCCUACAAUAGUGUGUAUAAUAUUCCAAGUAAUGACGGCAAUAGAAGUAGAAGUGAUACAGGUUGUAGUGUAUAUAGCAAUAACAGCAGCAUAUUUAGUUCCAACAACAACGAUCUGCUUACUAGAAAGAGAAGCAAUACCAUAAAUAGUAGUCAUAGUAGUGUUAUUAGCAAUAGUAGUAAUAGUAGUAGCAGUAACAGUAGUAUUCUCAGUGUUAACGGUACUGGUACCAGUUGUGAUAAUAAUAGUAAUAACGCUCCGGUGUCCAAAAGGCAGAGAGUGGGUCCAAGUUGCGACUUAUGUAGGGCCAAGAAGAUUAAAUGUGAUGCAAUAAUAACAACCAUUUUAAAAGACGAUUUGAUACUGAACUCUUUUUCUCAAUCUUUACAUUGUGAAUUAGAUAAAUCUACAAUUAUACAAUUUCUAAUGAGUCAUUCAACGGAAUUGUCCAAUUCUAACAAUGUUAUAGAUACAACCACAAUUAUACAGAAUUUAAUAAACAAUGAUAACAUUAAUAAAAAAGAAUACAAAUAUUAUAAGCAUGUUGAUAAAUUGAUUAGCUUCAAAGCAUGCAGUUCGUGUCGUAUCAAAAAACAAAAUGCCUGUCGUUUUAGUAAAGGAUUGACUAGGCAAGAUAUUAACAUUUUUAAUAAAUUAAAAAAAAUUAAUUACCUAAAAAGAAAGAAUUGGAAAAAGUGCGGCAAAAGUACUAGCACUAGUUCUGAUACUAUUUUGUAUAAUAUUGAUGCUGAAUCAUCAGAAUUAAAUCACAGUUUAGACUCAUUUACUAUUCACGAUUAUAAAAAUCUAUAA